UCCAAGUCAUAUGACCAUUCAGGAUGCUGGUUGUUCUUGUUGUUGCUGCGUUGACUGUUGGAGCUAGCUCUUCUAAUCUCGUAAAUGUCUCCUUCUAUUCUGAGGCUCUUUGCCCGUUCUGUGACCAACUGACAGAGGGUGAAAUGAACGAGGCGGUUCAAAAGGUUGGAGAGAUUUUUACGCUUCAUUUCGUGCCAUGGGGCAAUGCGUUGAUGAAUCCUGACGGCUCGUUCGAUUGUCAACACGGUGAAAUGGAAUGCGCAAUGAACACAGUGGAGGCGUGCGUCAUCAAGUACUAUCCAAGCAGGAGUAUGUGGUGGCCGUUCAUUGUCUGCCUGGAAGCUCACCGUUCUCUUCAGACAUGGGAAAUAGCUCAACAAUGUGCUGAAAAACAAAACAUCACGUGGACGGAUAUUAAGACCUGUGCCAAGGGACCAAUGGGAAAACGACUUGAAGUGAUGUAUUACGAAGAGACUGCCUCACUCAACCCACCACAUCAAUAUACACCUUGGGUGUUGAUUAAUGGCAAGCAUGUGAAAGAAACACACAUUAUUAGAAAGAUCUGUGCGGCAUAUGAAGGAGGAAACAAGCCCGAAGCCUGCAUGCAUGCACAACCUCCGUUUCCACCGAUUGGUGGAUGCUACAAGGAGCCACUCGAGUAAGAGUAGCAUAUUUCGGAGUGAAGAACAGCUGUGGAUGAGCCUUGCUCUUGUUUAUUUGACCACAAUUUUCUUAUCACUUUGAUUUUAGUAAUUCGAACAUGUUGGACGUAGACUCAACCUUUUUACACAUUUUCAUUGAUUUCCAGUAGCCAUUGUAAUGGCAUUGUUUUUUCCACUUUAAUAAAUGAUGUGUGUGUUAACAAUGA